AUGGAUUCGCAAUUUAACAAAUAAGGGAAUAUUGGUAGCAGCAGAUAGAUUAUUUAAUCUAAUUUGAAUAUUGGAGGAUCUGCUAAUAUUAAUAAUUUAUUUAAAACACCUGGUGUUGGGGAUGAAAACAUGCAGGGAAUGAAUUUUUAGAAAGAAAACGGAGAUGCUUUCAUCACUGAUCCAGCUAUGAUGGAGAAGAACUAAUACAAAGAUUUAGCUCGUUUAGGAUUCUAAAAGAAAAAAGGACAUAUUUAUAAAAUUGAAGAGGCUGAGUUACCAACAAACUUUAACAGUAUGUACACACCUCUUCCAGUUUAGGUGGAGUUUAAGCGUAUAAUUUCAAAUAUAAUGAAUGCUCGACACAUCAAAAAAUAAGAGGAGUGGGGCAAAGACGGAAUUACAGAUUAAAAUAAUAUAAACUAUUAGCAAGCCCAAUAAUUUAAUAACAAUUAAACUUAUUAAAUGAAUUCUGAUGGAACUUUUAAAAAAGUUAAAAGGAGAGAAACAGAAUAUGAUAAGUGGUUGAGAUAUUUAUCUUUGGAGGAGAAUGUAGCUAUUGUAAGUGAUUCUUUCUGGUACGCCAUUAGCAAAUUCUAAGAGAAAAGACUCAGUAAAUUGCUAACUCCUGACGAGUUUAAAAUAGAAGAAAAGAAAUUCAAACAAAUACAAGAAAGACUGCUAAAUAGGAUAGCUAGAAACUAUGUCAACAUUUUACUGUCUAUUGAAAAUAAGAAUGAUAACAACACAUUUUUUAAGAAAUAUUUUGAUAUUAUUGCUUAAGCAGUUUUUUACUCAUUUUUCUAUGCAUUCCCAAAAAGUAGAAGUGAAUUCGGAAAUGAAUUGAAGAGUGAUUUGAUUAAUGAGUUUUCCUAUCUUUUUACAGGUAUUUAGAUCACUAAUAGCUAAAAGUAUUGGAGUUAGUGGAAUUUGGAUUUGGGAGCAGGUAAUAUCCUUGCAGAAGAUAAAAAGGCAAAAUAGAGUAUCACAUCUCAUCACCAUGGAUAACACAGUCACCAAGUUACUAACACUGGAGGUACUCAUGGAGUGACACAGAGUGCUAUGCAAACAGGCUCAAAUACUGCAGGCAAGACUAAUUCGUUUAAGGAAUCAAAAUCUGAUUCUCUAGCUCUUCCUUCUAUCGGCAAAGAACUAUCAAAUACAAGAAAUAAAAGGGUGUUAAUGCCUAUAAAAUUCUCGCCUAUCUUAGAUAAGUAUAUCCACUCUUACAAUUAUCAAACAAAAAACUAUGUCACAGGAUUCAAAAUGAAAUUUACAUAAUAUGAUGCAAACAAAGAAGUAGUUGAAUAAAAAUUUAAAUCUUAUCUUGACUUAGCUGAAAAAAUCAAGGAGAGGUCAGAUGAAAUGAUCAUUUAAAAUAAUAUAUCUACAAAAAAGAUGAAAGAUGAAAUUAAGAAACUUAAGAAUGAAACCAUCAAGCAUCACAGACGUCUAGAAAAAAGAAAACAAGAAGAACUAGAACGUGGUGCUCACGAAUAUGCCAACUAUUUAGUAUCCAUGUUAGACGCCGGGCUAGCUAGAGGAAAUAUAGGUGUUAUAAACUAAAAUCCUUUAUCUUGA